CACACACACUGUGCAUCAGAGAGGGGUGAAGGGAGGAGUUGGAAAGAGGGGACAGAUAGAAAGAGGGAGCGUGUGUUUAUGUCUCAGUGUGUGACAAAUAAGAGGGAAAGGGUAGCGCUGGUGCACACAACAAAGCGUCCGACUGACUGAAGCAUUUAGAGCGCACAUAUCCGAAGAAGAGGUCUACUUCCAGGGAUGACAACACAGCAGAGGAUCUACUUUCAAUUCACGCUCUCUUUAAACUGAAAGUUUUGCUCGUCGUCGACGGAAGGACAUUUGCUUUCAAGUUUUCACCGAACAAAAGUGUUUGCCUGCAAAAUGCAGCGACCAGGCGGGCAAGGGACGGCGUUUUCAAUCGAUUCCCUGAUAGGGACCCCUCAGCCCAGACCGGGACACCUGCUCUACACGGGCUAUCCUAUGUUCAUGCCAUACAGACCUUUGGUUAUCCCACAAGCUUUAUCCCAUUCUCCUUUAUCGUCUGGUAUACCUCCACUCGCGCCAUUGGCUUCUUUUGCGGGACGACUCACCAACACGUUCUGUGCCAGUUUGGGACAGGGGGUGCCGUCCAUGGUUGCGCUCACAACAACGAUGCCAAGUUUCUCGGAUCCCCCGGACAGUUUCUAUCCACCACAAGAGCUGCCUGGUCCACGUUUAAGCGCUGCCGACCCGGGAGCGAGAAGGCAAGAAAGCCCACACUCCGAGGAGCUGCACAGCCGGGACAAGAGCUCUGAGAUGCUCAACUUCUCGGAAACUUUUCAGACAAUAUCAGGCGAGACCAAACUCUACAGUUCAGACGACGAGAAGCUGGACCUAAAAUCAGCAGACACCGUUUGCAGCGACCGAGAGGACAGCUCCGCGGACAGCGAGAACGAAAGUUUCUCGGACGGCAACAACUGCGGCGCCCUGUCCCAGAAGAGCAAACUAAAAACGGGCUCGCAGGAGGCGCUACCGACCGGCAGCUCAGCAGGGAAGAGCCGGAGGAGACGAACAGCUUUUACCAGCGAGCAGCUACUCGAACUCGAAAAGGAGUUUCACUGUAAAAAAUACCUUUCUCUGACUGAACGCUCCCAGAUCGCACACGCACUCAAACUGAGCGAGGUGCAGGUGAAGAUCUGGUUUCAGAACCGUAGGGCCAAGUGGAAACGGAUCAAAGCGGGCAACGUCAACAACCGGUCGGGAGAACCGGUGAGAAAUCCCAAAAUUGUGGUCCCCAUCCCGGUGCACGUCAACAGGUUCGCUGUGAGGAGUCAGCAUCAACAAAUAGAGCAAGGGACCAGGCCAUGAACUGAGAUGAAAAUCAAAAAAAAGAAUAUUAUUAGAAACACUUGACUCUAGGUUCCACUGAUUUGUUGAACGCAUGAAGCACAAAAAGGAUGUUCCAAUUAUUUUGUCUGAGGGAGAAGAGGAUUUACUCACAGACAGACCAAUUAUUUGGCAAUAUGCUCUCAUUUUUAUUUAUUGUUUCUGUUAAUAUGUAAAUAUAAAUGGGUAAAAACUGGUACAAAUGAGCACUAUGAGAUGCGACUGUAAAGAUUUUUUUAAGUAUUUAUAUGUAGGGCCAAACUGUUUUGUUGGUUAUGUGCAUGUCCUCAUUUGAUGAAGCUAUUCUGGAUUUAUUUUUUUGUUUGUUUGUUUUGUGUUUCGUACAAUUUGUUGGAGACAUUUGCAUGUAACUUAAGGCGUUUUUUGUUUGGCAAGUGUAGAAACCACCUUUUAAAGCUAUUUGUGGAAGAACAAAAAAAAUGUGAAGGAAUUAACGACCAAACAAGAGACAACUGUAAAGUAUAUUGACCUAAUAAAUCGCUUUAU